UCGAUGGCCUUCAGGAAUGUUUCCGCAAGAAAAUCGUUUUAUGGGUUAUCACCAUUUUCUUCGUUCUCAACAGCCAAGUCGCCAAAUAUUUUCUAGCUGACUUUGCAACCACUCGAGAUCAGGUAACCUUCAUCCUGGCACCGGCUUCCUUCGUAUUUGCUUUCAGCGGGCCUUUAGUCUUGAUGUUGCGAGUUCAAAACCAGGCCGAAGGUAUUACCGCAUCUACGCGCAAAUUAGAAGAGAUCAUCGCCGUUCGCAGGGCAAAUGAUACAGAUGGCGUCAACGAAGGUUUAUACGAUGCAAUACGUAGCGCAGCGGAAGCGGCAGAAAGGGAAGACUUUCGAUUCAUAGCGAUAAGACCCGAAGUUUCUUUGGUAAUAAAGCUUUUUCUUGUCAUCUUGACCAUUUGGGGGCUGGCGUAUGAUGAAAUCAAUAGAGUAAAAGAUGAUGCGGUGAUGCAAGACAUGCAGCACAGCUUUAACAACCAAACGCAGAUAAAUAGCAAAUCCUCAUUGUCAUAA